UCGAAGCCUCAUUGCUAAUGUGCUCCAUUUUAUUUAAUCUUUAAUCGUUGUUUUUACAACGAAUAUUUAUCGUGUAUGUACAAAUCUAACAGUUUGUGCAAAUGUUUGUUCUGUUGACUAUGUUCUUUUAACGUUUUAUUGCAAGAAAAUAUUGGGAUAAACAUAAAUUUUCGAUAAACUGGAUAUAACGAAUUAACCGAAAUAAUUCGAGAAGAUAAAUAUUCUUCAUGAAUAAAUUGAGAAUAUUAUAGAAUGAAAGAAUUUAAAUGAUUAAGUGCAUUUGAACAUAUUUUUUGUAAUUCUACAUAUUUAAGACUAUAAUCUCUAAUAAUUCUCAAGCAUGAUUGAAAAAAUAUCGCAGUUAUCUCAGUAUAAAAAGAUCCUGAGUGAGUUUCCACGCAGAAUGAAAUUUUGUUUUGCAUAUGGAUCUGGUGCAUUUAAACAGAAAAUAGAUCCAUCUGAAAAUAUGUUGGAUCUUAUAUUCGUUGUACGUAAUCCAAAUCAAUGGCACGAAGAAAAUAUAAGUCGCAAUCCUCAUCAUUAUGCUCAACCACUGAGAUUAUUGGGUCCGAAGCUGGAAGACUACAUAAACCAGUACAAAUUCUGGUUGAACCAGAAGAAAAUUCUCAACUGAAAACAGCUUUAGUCCAAAAUUUACAUUCAGCGGUACACGCAGCACUGCUCCUUUUACCAGAACAAUUUACAGAAAUUGACUUCUACAAGACCGUUGCUAAUUUAUCUUACAAUGGCGACUUCCGUAUGAUUUUUGGAGAAGAUAAAGAUAAAGUGAGCAAUAUCGUCAAUCCUCAGCUUUCUGUCUUCCGUGAAAUUUAUGCCCCAAUUUUGAAGCAUUUUGAUAACUAUGUGGAAAUUCCUCAAACUGAAGAAGCAGCCAUCAUGUGUCGACAAGAUACCAGGCCUAUCGCAAGGGUCCAUCACUUAAAUCAUUUACCUCGAACACCUCAAGUGAAACUUGUGAGGAUGUGGUCACAAGGACCGAGAACAAAAGAUACUGAGGACUGCCUGCGCGCUAUAGCUCACGACCCAGAAUGCAGUGAGAUAUUAGAAAAAAUUUUGCGAGAAAUCGUCUGGAAGUCAAGCGUCUCCCAAAGUUUAAAAGGCAUCCUUACAGCAGGUGUUGUAAAAUCCAUAAAAUAUAGUGCAUUAAAAAUCAUGAAGAUGAUAUCAUCAAACAAUGAACAGAAAUCUUUACCAGUGUCAAACAAAGAGCCAAACAAAGUUGAGACGAUGAUUAAAUCGGUUACAGAAAAACAAGAGGAACCUAAAGAAAUGCAAAAACGUGUGGAACCUUAAUAAUUUUAAAAGAUACAGUUGAAUGUUCAUUGUAUUAUUUGUAAAAUUAUAUGUAUAAGUCAAUAAAAAUAUCUUCAAAGAAACAGAAUUCAUAUUCAUUAUUUAUUCAGAGUAGAUAUGUUUUAUAUCAGUCUACUCUGUAAAAAUUACUAUUGUUCCUUAUUCUAUGACUAAAUU